AUGCAGCUGCGGCUUUGGCUUCUUGUCUCCGCGCAGCUGGCAGUUCUGCGUGGCAGCUCAGCACUCCUGCAGACCCCUGCGUCCGUGACGGCUCAGACCAAUCAGACGGUGAUGCUGUCCUGUGAAGCCAAAACCUCCCCCACUAACUCUCGCAUCUACUGGCUGAGGCAGUGCCUGGCCCCGAGCGCUAACAGUCACUACGAGUUCCUGGCCUUCUGGGAUCUCACCAAAGGGACUGUGUACGGCAAGGAGGUAGAGCAGGAGAGGCUAACUGUGCUUCGAGAUUCUUUCCGGUACACUCUCGGCCUCCAAAGUGUGAAGCCUUCCGACAGCGGCGCCUACUUCUGCAUGACGGUUGGGAACCCCGACCUGACCUUCGGGAAGGGGACUCAGCUGACUGUGGUUGAUGUCCUUCCCACCACUCCGCAGCCCACCAAGAAGACCACUCGCAAGAAGAAAGUGUUACGAUUCCCAAACCUGGUGACCCGGAAGGGCCCGUCCUGUGCCCCCCUCAUUGUCGGCCCACUGGUGGCUGUCGUCCUUGUUCUGCUGGUGUCCUUGGGCGUGGCCAUUCACCUACACUGCCUGCAGAGGAGAGCUCGGCUUCGCUUCCUGAAACAGUUUUAUAAGUGAGCAGAGGAUACGUUUUUUGGUGUCCUGCUACAAAAAUACAUGGGUC